AUGUACUUGACUUUUCAAAAUAAGUCAUUUUGGGAAGGCCUGCACUUAAAAAAUGGCCUCGAGGACUGGGAUAUGGCAGAGGACCUCAAACUCACCGUCACUACUGAAGAGUUUCUGCAAGCUCCCGACGAGGCCCUGCACCACCGCGCGCUGAAGCAGCAAGCUGACCGCCCGGCCCACGGGUGCUCGCUGCUGGGGACGCUGCCAGACGCCCGGGUCCUCAGACCUGAGAGCGUGAAGCUCAAGUGCCCCAGGCAGAUGAGCACCAAAAUCAAGGGAGGCUGGCCCCGUCCCCCCCUUAAUUACUCCAUCUUCAUCACCCUCGCCCUGUGCAACAGCGCAAGUGGCAGUCUGACAGUACAGCAGAUCUACCAGUUCAUACGGUGGCACUUCCCAUUUUUUCAAACGGCCCCAGAGGGCUGGAAAAGCACGAUCCGACACAACUUGUGCUUCAGCAGCUGCUUUGAGAAAACCACUGUCUUCAUGUGCAGCGAGAGAAACCGCAAGUGCUGCCUGUGGAAGCUGACUCCAGAAGGGCUCAGGAAGUUUCAGGAGGACGCACAGGCCCUGCCCAAAGAGGCACUUGACUUGGUGCGCCAAAGCAUGAGCGAACCGGACCUCAUGAGAUCUCUGUUUGGCCUAUGA